AUGCUCCAGCUUCUCAUCAACUGCGGGCAACUGGAUCUAUUCGAGAGAAGUUUGGCCGGUCAAUCACCGCUUUUGUUUGCUGCUCGAAUUGCACAUCCAGGACUUGAAUGCGUCUCGUUGCUUGUUUCUGCGAUUGAUAUUAUCCGUAAACGGCGCCAUGACGAUGUGUUGUCCCAACAUUUUGAGGACCUUCACAAGGAGAGAAAAGAUCUGCUGAAAAUGCUCCCCUUGCGUGAUGAAGCUGAUGCAAAGUAUGCGCUCACAGACGCCAUGGGACGAAAUGUAAUACAUUACGCUGCUCUCUGCAACGCUGCACAUCUGGUGAACUACUUUGCAGCCUGUGGUGCGAAUGUAAAUUUAGUGGAUGACAACGACGCAAAUGUCGAAGCGCUCGUCGCGUUACUACGUCACAACUGCGACAUAGACGUCAAAGAUGCGUUUGAUCGCACUGCAUAUGUUAUUGCUGACUCCAAAGGUCACUCGGUGAUUUGCGGUGUUCUUUUGAUAGCAAAAAAUGCUCCUAGCACUCGGCUUGUGGAGCAAAUUAAGGGUGUGACUAUUGUCUGA